AUGUUUUCUAAUGGAGUCGAAGCUGAUGGGUUAACAGAUGAACAAUUUAAAGGUAGGCUUCCUGAGGCAAAUAUCAUAAAUAUUAGUGAAGAAAAAUGUCAUAUUAUAGAUCAAGAAUUGUUUAAUAACUCUGGGUUAAUAAAAGAAAUAAUCAAGAUCAAAUUGAUGCAAUUACAAGCAGGUUUUGGUGUUCAGUUAGAUAAAGAUAUGGAUGAAAUACCUACACCUCUACUGUGA